AUGGCCGAUAUCACCUGUCACAAUUCAAUAAUCAGACUGCAGAUGUGGCCAAAGGAUUUACAUGCUGUCUGCGAGAGAGCAUCGGAACUAAACGGUGGCCUUAAAUGCGAGAUUGAGCAUCCACCCGCAUGGGGACGUGGAGCACUCAUGGGCCGUGCUAAUUAUCACGCCCGUGUUCGUUUUGCCGAGAAUGGUUCUACUUGGCUCAUUCGAGUGCCUCGAAUUAACAACAGCAUCCCUCAGCAACUCAUCGACUAUCUUAUUCGCAGCGAAUAUGCUACUCUUAAAUUUCUUGAGACGACUAAAGUGCCUGCUCCUCGCGCAUUCGGAUAUGGUAUCGCUGGUGACACCAACAAUAGAGUUGGUAUAAGCUAUAUUCUCAUGGAAGAGAUGCCUGGCAAACCUUGGAAUCGGCAAGGACCACGCGGAAAGCGUUCUGCAGAUAACAAGGACAAGGAGAAGGUGCGGAAUGGACUGGCAGAUAUUCUCAUUGAGCUUAAAAAGUAUGAGGAAUUGUUUGGACUCGUUCUGGGACCUAUGACCCCGAAAUUUGAUGGACCAGAGCAGUCCUACCCUCCAGCAGAUAACCUCCACAGGCACCCUUGCUUCAAAGCAAUCUUCGGGGCAGCUCAGACCUUCGAUAUAUUGAGAUGGAUGUUCGAAGAGCGACAAGAUAUUUUAGCAACCUUUGUUCAGCGGUGUGCUGUACCUUUGAAAGAUGCACGGCCCAACCUCAUUCGCAUGCGUGCUAGGAGAUGA